AGGGUAAGAAUCGGAUAUGGAAGAAAGCCGCAAAUUGAGGGUAUCUCCGUUCCCUCAACAACAGGAAAAGCCAUUUGCUCUCAUCACUUAUUUAUAUAUUGGCCACUUCUUAGCAAGAUGGGGUGCCAGAAUGUGGGAAUUUUCUGUUGGUUUAUAUAUGAUCAAUAUUUGGCCCGAUUCGUUGCUCUAUGCAGCAAUAUAUGGUGCUGUUGAAUCUGCCUCCAUUGCCGUGUUUGGUCCCAUAAUUGGAAGAUUGGUUGAUAAAUUGUCUUGUGUGAAGGUUUUGCAAUUGUGGUUGGUGACACAAAACCUAUCUUUCGUUAUUGCUGGGGCCACUGUGGUGGCCUUACUUACCUUCUCAUCUUUGAAGUUUACAAAUUUCUCAGCUUUCAUAUUGCUGGUAUUGAUAAUCAAUAUUUGUGGUGGUAUUGGCGUACUUUCAACACUUGCCGGAACAAUCUUGAUUGAAAGAGAAUGGUUGUUAGUUAUAUCUGAAGGCCAACCCCCAGAAAUGCUGACAAAGAUGAAUUCAGUCACAAGACGCAUUGAUCUAACCUGCAAGCUGCUUGCUCCUGUCAUAACUGGAUUCAUAAUAAGCUUUGUGUCACUAAGAGUAUCUGCUAUAGCCUUAGCACUAUGGAAUACUCUCUCUGUUUGGGUUGAGUAUUUGCUUUUUACAGCUGUGUAUAAUGGAAUUCCAGCUUUGGGCCAAAGUAGCCAAAGGAGGAUGGAAAGACUUCUAAUACUAAAUGAUCAAGAAAGCAACGAGUCAACUUUGGAGGAAGAUAGCUUGCUUUCUGUUACUGAUGAUAACUUGGAAUUGGCAAAUAGAAAAUGCAGUAAAAAAAUUUCUGAGAAGAUUUCAGAGAUUCCUUAUGUUGCUGCAUGGAGAGGUUAUUUAGAGCAAGAAGUUGCCCUUCCUGGACUAGCUCUGGCCUUGCUAUUUUUCACUGUACUCAGCUUUGGAACUUUGAUGACAGCAACCUUAGAAUGGGAAGGCAUACCUGCAUAUGUUAUUGGAAUAGCAAGAGGAAUCAGUGCUGUGAUUGGAAUAGCUGCAACAGUUAUAUAUCCUAUUUUACAGUCUCAUAUAUCAUCUGUUAGAACUGGACUUUGGUCUAUAUGGUCUCAGUGGACUUGCCUCCUUCCAUGUAUAGCAGCAAUAUGGAUCCAAAAUAGCUUUCUAUCAUCAUAUAUUUUGAUGGGAGGAGUGGCUAUAUCUCGACUUGGGUUGUGGAUGUUUGACCUAUCUGUACUUCAACAAAUGCAGGAUCUUGUCUCUGAAUCUGAUCGCUUGAUUGUUGGAGGGGUUCAAAGUUCACUUCAAUCUUCGAUGGAUUUAUUGGCCUAUGUCAUGGGAAUCAUAAUAUCUGAUCCACGGGACUUUUGGAAGUUGACUUUAUUAUCAUUUCUAGUUGUCACAUUAGCUGCAUUCCUCUACUGCAUGCAUGUAUACCGCGUGAGGAAGCACAUCUUUCACUUUCACUAUCUAUUUUGUGGUAAAUGUUUUGUAAGAACAUCUUAAGUUGUGAAGGCCAAUAGGCAAAAGUUUUGUUUUUCAUUCCAUUUUUUGUUUUUUGGUGAUGUCUUUCAUUCCAUUUGAAGAAAUGUCUAUAUUUAUUUUGCAUUUUAGAGCAUCCUAAAGUGCCAGUGUUUGAACUGCUAGGUGGAAAUGUUCAUAAUCAUUUUGCUUU